GUCCAUUUCUUACCCGUGCCUCAGCAACUUUUCUGUUUCAUCAUCUCCCCUUGUUAUCACCCGAAAAUCAAAAUUUUCAAAGAAAAAAAAAAGAACAGAAAAUCACAAAACGAGAGAGAGUGAGGAGAGAAGAAAGGAACUCGAAAAUGGACGAUUACACCAGAGAAAUGAUGGACCUCAAGACUCUUGUCACUCGAACCCUGGAGAAGAAGGGCGUCCUCGCUAAGAUCCGGGCUGAACUCAGGGCAAGUGUAUUUGAGGCAAUUGAAGAGGAGGAUAGAGUAAUUGAAAAGGAUGAGGGCUUACCUCCUGCAUUAUUGGGGAGCUGCAAUGAACGUGCAAAGCAGCUUCAUGCUUCUCCUUCAGGGAGGUUGCUAACUGCACUAGUAUGUGAAUAUUUGGACUGGGCACAAUUAAAUCAUACGCAUAAAGUUUAUCUUCCAGAGUGCAAUUUGCAAAAGGAUUUUUGGAAAUCCGAGUUGAAGGAAUUUAGUAGCAAGAAUGGAUAUGAUCUUAACAGAAAUGGUGAUAGUGGUCCUUUACUUUUGGAUGUUCUUGAAGGAUUCUUGAAGUUUGAGAAUUUAUCCCAAGGAAGGGGUGCCGGAAGGAGAGUAUCAGAAGCCGAGUCCUUGUCUAGUUUAGAUUCAAGGAGCGUCCGAAGACCCUCUUCAUCUUCUCUUGCUGGUGGUUUACCUCCAUUAGGAAGGCCAGCUUCUUCUCAGACAUCUGAUAGGAGAGCAGGAUCCUCCAUGUCUGGUUACAGGAAAGAUGAAUACAAUUGGAGAUAUGACAGUGAUGAACUCCCGGAAGAUGUAAUACGAGCCUCAGCUGCACUGGAAAACCUUCAGUUGGAUAGGAAGGCUCGCAAUCUAACUACAUCUUGGCGGCAUGCUGGGGAUGGAAUGAGUGAUGAUGAUGGCAGGGGUGACCGUGUUUAGCUGAAUGGCAUCCUGCACCUAUAGGUCCAUGUGAAUUUUUUAUUUAUUUUUUUUUUCUGAUCUAUCCAAUGUUCUAUUAUCAGGAAAAGAGGGUAGUGAUUUUAUGUAAGUCUUUUUUUUUUCCUAUUUCCUUUCGUCCCCUCAAAAAAAUAUAUUGUGAGGUGAUUUAGUGUUUUGCAUGAGCUUCCUUUGUUUCCCUUGUGGAAUCCAUUUUAAUAUUUGAUAAGCUUUGCUCCAUCUAUUUAUAUAAUCAACUUUUGGCUGAAUA